UUAUUAAGAGAAAAGUAGAAUAAAAGGGCCUUAGGUUGUAAUUUUCCGAUUUAGAUUAAAUAGUCUUAAUAAAGCUGCAGAAAAAUCCCAUCGUGUGGAUGGAAAUCCAUUUGGACAGUUCGAGGGACUUGUCAUCGUUAUCACGAGACAUUUUCUGUCACAAAGUGCAGCAAUAAAUCUAGUUAUCGUGCGACAUAACAAUAGAAUACAAAAAAUAAUCGGUUCCAGACUUAAAUUUUUUACACUCCCAAUCAGUGUUUUAUUUUCAGCAACAAAAAUUAUGCACUGCGAGGCAAGACAACUGAGUGGCAAAUAUGUGAAACCGUAACCGUAGUGAGGAGGACACAUAAUUUUUUCGGAAUAUUUUACUUAAAUGUUAUUUCAGAUUUUAAAUAAAUGUGAGCCCAGUGUACUCAUCUCCCUAUGAAACUGCUUCACAUUGUAUUUUGCAAUUGUCAACAAGCAGCAAUUAUUUCAACGAAUGUUUUAAACAAUUACGAAAUCGACAUACAAUGCCCUUAUUUUAUUCAUCAUCCCCAUGCCAAUUCCUGCCAAUUUCAUAGAGAAAUUAAUCACCAGUUUUGCAGUUUGAAUCCGCAGAACACCAAUGAUUAUAAAUUUGACGAGUAAAAAAUCACUAACAAAAAAAAAAUAACGAGGAAAGAGUAUUGGUCGUAUCAAUCAAUGGUGUCAUAGGUCAAGCAGAUGAGAUACAGCAGUCCACUCUGAGUCUUGCAGUCGACACCGUGUUCUUCAGCAAGACGUACAAAGUGACUUCCAGUGAUAUUUCAAUGACACCACUCAACUCCAGCAAGAAGUAACCGAUAGCAGGACCCACGGAACGCUAUGUCAGCGAUUUCGUCUCCAGAUAUGACACGACCACCCCCUCUCGUCAGACGGCACUCGGAUUUGCCGCAAUUUGAGUCUGUCGCACGAAUUUCGAGUUUACCACUGGUCGAGAGUGGAAUGAUGAUGGCUGGUAACGUUUAUGAGAGGAUAAAGCGUUCUAAUUCACUGAUGAGUUGGAGUCUUGAUACCGCUGAGCAAUCUAUCGCGAUAGCAACUGCAUCUGCUAAACCCGCGAUUCUAGUCCUUAAUGGCCCUAUCACAACGUUGGAUAAUCUCCUGUGCAAGGGAAUAGCCAUUGUGGAGCAGAGAGUGCCAGCUGUUCAUUUGCCACCACAACUCUUGUACUGGAACACGCGAGAGUACGUGAAUAACAAAUUCGUGAGGCCGGUUUUGAAACGUGCCGGAAGCGUCAAGCAAAUCGGCAGUCAAGCAGCGGAUGCCGCAGCUGAUCGACUCGAUGGUGCACUCACCGUCGCUGACAAAUACGUGGACCAGUAUUUACCGGCGGAUCCAACGGACAAGUCCCAAGAAGAUGCAAAUCCAGUACAGAUAACUAGUAAAACAACACGCACUAUAAUUCACGGAGCGAGAUUUUCGAAAAAAUUGCAGAGGAGGCUAACACGCCGGACAAUGGCAGAAGCCCGGGCACUCAAAGACCAGAGCACCGAGUGCAUUCACGUUUUACUCUAUGUCGUCGAGUUGAUCGCCACAGAUCCGAAGAUGGCCCUCCAAAAGUCUAAGGAGCUUUGGGCCGCAUUAAGCCUCCCGGAGCCUGAGAACCAGGCACGUCCUGCAACACUCGAGCAGCUGUUGGUGCUCUUAACCCGAGAAUCUGCCCGCAGGAUUGUUCAUCUAGUGAAUGGCACAGUAGCUCUUGCGGCCAGGGCUCCGCAGCGUUUGGGUGCCACACUUAUGACGAUUUCACAUCAAUUAUUGUCGAUAGCGGAAGUCACACUGAAGAUGACUCCAAUCAUUGGAAAGAGUGAAAAAACAGACACCCAGAUAUCAAUUCUACGAUCAACCAUCGAGCACCUCAGAGUAACAACAAAUUUAUUGUUGGAACGCACAGCAAUAUUUUUGGCGGGUCGCCCAAAACCCAAAAAGGUAGCAUCCAACCAAGCGCACGACAAUCACAACAACCACCUGUCCAACGAGCCUAAUCGUCCGUCGAAUGGAAUUGAUUAGAUCCCAUCAAGAGUUCUUCGUCAAUGUGCUCUUCGUCAAUCCUCGCUAGGGAGGAUUGUUUAUUCAACGCAUAGUAUCUCGAUUAAUCAUGCUUAUAACAGUUCAAUAAAAUCUUUCAGCUGUGAAUUUAUCUCAACAAAUCUUCUGGAUUUUUCUGUGUCUCCAAUAAAAUCGCGAUUGAGUUGUUUAAAUGUUCUUUUAAUAUCAUUCGAUAUCUAAAUUUUAUGAUGUGGAAUAAAAAUGAGUGUUUACCGGAGCUGUAGGAUUAAGAUGAGUCAAUUCUUUAGAACGUAAUUUUUUUGCAAAUAAAUUAGAAAAAUAAUUGAUAAAGGUAAAAUCACCCGCUCAAGCAAUUUUCUAGUGAACAAUCUUUUCAACUCAAUUAUUGAUCAAGUAGUCGUAGUUAUCAGGUCCUAGAAAAUAGUAUGAAAUGAACAGAUCAGCCACAGAUCAAAGGACCCACUCGCACUCGACAAAUCCCGGUAGAAAUAUUUCUACCCUUUCUCAUCGAGCAUCAGACCAAAUAUUGUAUUUGAAGGCGACUUAAAAACAUUUCACAACGAUAUUUUCAAUAGUUUAAAUUCUCCAAAUCUUAAAUUGACUUUUAAUCUUUACCGGAAUAUCCGCAAAACCAUUAAACUGUUCUACCGGAAAUGCCUUAGACGUAUCCAUAUUGUGUAGAGAUAAAUCGGUAGUGCUGAAGUCUAAAUAGCGCAUCAGUUAUUUUCGGCGCAAAUGAGCCGACUAGACUAUCAAAAAAAAAAAAAAAAACAUAAAGCGUCGGAAAAUAAAAUGACGCAAAAUGGCAUAGUAAAAUCUAAUGUCUCUGGGGCAGAUAAGGAUGCUGUCUAGACACACUAUAGACGCCACAGUGUACACUAAUGGCAUUAUCAAAAAGCAGAUAAGUGCGAAAAUAUUUCAAAUGGAAAUGGAGCGAAAAAAACGCGAGACAUGAAAAAAAUUGUCAAUGUCAGUCGCGCAAAGUAACACGAGUGUUGAGUGUGUUUAGUUGGACCCUGGCCGAUAAGCCGGCUGAACUGUCUUUCUGUCGCGUGACUCAUGUCAGAAAGGAUAGGAUUUUUCCAGACACACUGAAGCCGCAAGCCACACUCUCUCUCAUGUGGUAUUACAUGUCCCGGGGUUUUCAUUUCUAUGAAGAAAAAAAUGAGUUAUUGGUAUUGAUUGGUCGAUGAUUAAGGACAAAAAAUCAAUAAAAUUUGAAAAGCCUUUUGAGCCAUUUUUCAACACCAGUUAUUUCAACUCAUCAACUUACACAGGGAAUUGCAAAGUAACAUGAAUUUUUAAUGAAGUUUUCUCAUGUCUGCAAUAACCACUAAUUAGAUAUAAUUUUCAUUAUCACAUCGCAAAAAAAUUUGAUCGUAAAAAUAUCUGCGCCGCUGCUCCAAUAAGGCAGACAUUUGAAGUUGGACUUUGGAUUAGCUUCACGGCAGCGCUUUCAGUAAUUUGUAAUGUACCGGCAAACUUCCCCAUCGUUCCCAUUGGCACGUAGCAGAGCCUCACGUCGGCGCAAUCCCUUCUCUUCCUCAUGUAAAAUAACGCAUUACAUCGCCGGCUCGGUGUCGCACAUUAUUUAGUUCCAGUCGUUGUGUUAACUUUCGAUACGAUAACAACACUUGCACAUUUCUCAUCUGGCUGCACUGCAUUUUCCGAUAGCUUGUAAAAGAUUUGAAGAUAGCGUGUGAUAAUUUCGAUUGACGCGAAAAAUUCACCCGGUGCAUUUACGCUGAGAAGAACGG